GAACGAUAAUUCAACCAAUCAGAGAGCUCGUUACAAACGUUACCGCCAUAUUUCUAUGCAUGUGAAAGGAGAAGUUAUGUAUGAACAUUUGGUCUCAUUAUUGUCCGAAUUAAUUGAUAGGAAACUCUGGUGGGAAGUCUGAUCACUCUAGAUGUGCCAUGCCAAGUCAUGACCCUGUUUCUCCAAAAGAGGAGGGCUCCAACCAUUCUAAAUGUGGUGAAAAGCCUCAAGAGGGACAAGUUGGGUUCACCACAAAACAUGCUCUGUUAACAUUUUAUGAGGAACUGCUAAAUGAAGUACAGUUUGCAGAAAAUGCACUUCGAUCACGGAAAAUCUCAGAUCAACUUCACUGUUUCAACCAUAAAUAUGUGAAGUCAGUUUUGCAUUGGACAAGUUUUCUGAUCCUAUUUAGUCUCGCAAUCAUCUUACUUUGGGCUUAUGAGUACCGAUACCAAGAGGACCGAGAUAAACCUGUAUAUCAAAGUCGUUGGUGGCUAGUGGAGGCUAUCUUGAUAAUCCUCAGCCUGAUCUUCAAUGGCUAUUUAGUAUGCUGGAAUCAAACUUUAGUGUUAAGAGAGCCCAUCCGGCUUGCUCAAGAAGCACUGUUCAAGAUACGAGAAAAUUUAGUGGAUGGAAUAUGGGAUUCUCAAGAUUAUUUACACAAGAACAAUCCCCAGUCUCCCUGCAUAUCCACACAGUGGACAUACCGGGAUGGUGUAUUAGUAGAUUUACCCAUCAUCCUGAUGGUCAAAGGUGAUGUUAUUCUUUUAAGACCUGGUCAUACUGUUCCAGUGCAGUGCCAAGAGCUGAAGAUUGAUGAUAGUGGUGAAGAAGGCGCAAUUCUUUUUGAAGGAGAUUGUUAUACACCUGAUCAAGCAGCUCCUGUGGAGCAGUAUGGCUUACCUCAGGGCCGUGUACCACUGGAACCCCAAAAAUUCACAGUUCUAAAAACACCCUUUGUUGAAAACUUCAGAAUCUUGUUAGACAAAACAAGAAGACAUCCUGCUAGCAUCAUUGAUUCCAUGCGGUACCGAAUAUACAAUGUUAUCUUGGAAAGGACUGUCCUUCCUGUGCUUCUGUUUGGAGUUCUCAUUGCCAAUGUGUUUCGAUACAUCUACAUCAAAGGAUUUAUGGGACACUGGACAGAGAUGUUCUUAGUUUUGCCUGUACACACUGUGCUUCCAUUAGUUCCCAUGGUAUUUCCAUUAUUUUGGAAACUAAUUAACUUUUAUGGGCAAGCAAGGUUGUUUGUUGCUUAUGAAGUCUCCAAAGAAAUUAAGCCUUCUGUUUCUGAGGAGAGUUUUGAUAGUGACAGUAUCAUAUCAGAGGAUGAAGCCCGAGUUAAUUUGCCUUUGAAGAGAGUUCUACACUGGUUGAGAGUAAUAGCAACUGGUAAUUCACCUGUUGCUACCUAUAAUAUCAACCUCAUGCAUAUAUUAGGGAGUGUUACUACUCUAUGUUGUGUGGACAAGAAAGGUAUUCUGUCUUGGCCAAAUCCUUCUGCUGAAAAAGUCUUCUUCUUUUCUGAUAUUCAACAAUCAACUGAGAACAACAGCCCCCAUGAUUCUUUAUAUUCUUACUCUGAAGACUUCACAGGAUCUCAACACCAACCAGACCCUGGCAGCACAGCUGACUGCACAUGUUUUCAUAAAGAAAAUACCACAGAGCCAAUUCAUGUUCCUAAAACCAGCUGUCAUGUUGAAGUUUUGGAUUUAACUCAUGAUUCAAAGAAUUCAUUUGGAUUACAUUUUGACGAUCCAACCUGGAAAAAUCAUAUAUCAUCUUUGAAACCAUUAGGAUUAAAUAUCUUAGCUAACACCUGUAAUACAAGUAUUGCUACUUGGUAUUCUCAGUUCACUGACCAUGUAGCAACUGCUGCUCUGGAAAAUGAGGGCACUGUUGCAGUACUAAAUAGAAGAUGCUUAUGUGAGUUAGCAAGACAGAUUGGGUUCUCCAACAAUGCCCUUGAUAUAUUUUCUAAAAAGCAGAUUAUUGGUGUCUAUAGACAGGUGCUUGAAGAGAGAGCUGCUAAAGAGAGGCUGCAGAGAGCUCGUUCAAAUGUACAUCAUAAAAUUCCAAUGCCAAAUAUGGUUUCAAUUGUUGUGAAAGAAAAAAAUUCUGGUAUGUUCCAGCUUUUAUGUCAAGGUACAGCUGAUUUGAUACUAGACUGCUGCACUGAUUUCUGGAAUGGAAAAGAUUUGUGUACUCUUACUGAUUCUGAUAGAAAGAAGGUGUUAGAUUUUUACCACCGAACUAGCAUAGCUUCAUAUUGUACAGCAUUUUCUUAUCGCCCACUCACUACUCAACUGACAUCACCAUUAAAAGACCUGUAUAUUGAACUACCUGCUGAUUCUUCUUUUAUGUGCCAAAUACAAAACCCUUCAUCCAGAAGAAAUGAGUGUCUGAAACUAGACAGUGGUAAGUUAACAAAACAGCAUUGGUGCUUUAGUGCAGACUCCCUAGUAACAGAUGAUGGACCAAGCCCUCAAGAUAAUGUCCCAGCUUGUUUCCAGAUGCAGUGCAGCCAAAUUUUUAUGGGUAUGGUUGCCAUGCAAUAUCAAGCUAGAAUGGAGUUUGUGCAAAUGAUUGAUAAACUUGAAACUGCGUUCAUAAGAUUUGUGCAUUUUUCAAAUGAAAAUGAACUCAGAAGUAGGGUAUUUUCAGAGAAAAUGGGUUUAGAAGCUGGUUGGAAUUGUCAUAUUUCUUUAGCAUCACCACUAAAAUCUGAGGAAAUAUUCAUGCCAGGGACAUCUCAGGGAGAAUUAUCUCAUCGUACAUCAAAAUAUUCCAGUCGAGUCUCAAAUGAUACAAUAGGGAGGGACUCUCAUGGUUUGAAUACUAAACUAAAGCAUUACCAACAACAGCAGAACUUGCCCUUCAAGCAAAAUCUUGGCAGUGGAAUGCACAGUCGAAGUUUCAGUGCACCUAGUGUUAUCAACCUCGACAUGUAUCUCGUCAAAUUUGAUGAUAGUUCUUCUACCAUUCAAACCAACUGCGAUACCACAUUUUGUACUAAUCCUGAAUUCCAAAAAGAAAUGGAAAAUGUUGAAAAAGAUAGUCUCCUCAGGGACCCUUUAAAUGACUCAGGUGAACUGUUGACUUCACAGACCAGUGCGUCUUCUGACGAAUAUAAUAGUGAGGAUGACCACUGUUCUGAAAGUCAUCUAACGUCUAGUUGUGUUACUGAUAACACAGAAUUCAGCUUGCCAGGAGUUCUAGAUAAUCGGGCCCAACUUCCAAGAGGUAUUGAAAAUAUUCGGCCCCAUCUUGAAAAAGUGGACAAUGUGCCUUUACUUGUAAAUCUUUUUACAGAUUGUACUCCAGAAACCACUAAGGAGAUGAUUAAAAUUAUGCAGGAGUAUGGAGAAGUAGUGUUGUGUGUUGGUAGUUCACUGAAUGUCAAAAACACAGGAAUUUUUUUGCAAGCUGAUUGUGGAUUGGCUAUAGAGCCUCUAUAUCCACAACUCUGCCGUAAUGAGCCUCAAAAUGUAGAACUGAAACCAGUCCACACUCAUUUAACCCCUUUACAUCUUGCUAGUUCGUUGAUGUCCAGCCCUUGUCCAUUGCUGUUUAGAAAUUAUGAAAAUAUCAGUCUCAUCCAACUUAUUGCUGAGGCUCGUAAUCAUGUUUUAUCAAUGGGAAACUGCUUCCAAUUCAUGCUGUGCUGCCACCUGUCUUUGAGUCUUGUACAAGUGAUGGCUACAUUGUUCCUUCUACCACCACCAAUCAGUGGGCAUCAAAUUUUGUGGCUCAUCUUCAUCGUUGUACCACUGCUCAGUCUGGGUCUGAUGGGCAAUCCUGUUGACCCUCGUAACAUGACUUUAGCCACUGCUAAGAACUGUGAUCAUAUCAACAAACAAAUGCUGCUGCACUUCAUGCUGUCCUUCAUAUUUAGAUUUGUUCCUCCUGUAACAGUGGCACUCAUUAGUUUUGCUUUGAUCCUCUACUUUAUCUGUGAUAGAGUAGAAGGGAUUUGUUAUCCUUUUGAUUUAAACCCUGAAGAUAAGGCAAUCUGGAGUACUUGGUAUGAAGAAAACUCCGCAGGUUUUACAGCUGCUCAGAAUAUUGUUUUAAUUCAGCUGGUGCUUUAUUUUGUUGCUUCUCUUGAAGUGUUCAUAUCUGGAAGUUUUGUCCAUCGGUCAGAACAUGUAUGGAAGGAGCCACCUUACACCAACAGUCUGUGGGCCAUUAUUGUUAUUACAAUCUUGGCUUUUCAGGUGACAUUCUUUCUUUGUGACAUUGCAAUAUAUGAAGGAUUCAGUAGAGCGUGGCUGUCCUAUGUCCAUCCGGCCAUCUGGGUGAUCUUGCUUAUAUGGCCUAUUGUCACUCUAGCAUUCAGUGAAUUGGUAAAGCAUUAUGAAAUAAAACUUAAUGUGAGAUAUCAGAAGCGAGCUCACCUAGCAUUUGAAACUAAACUUGGAAUGAAUUCUCCGUUUUGAACUCUUCAAAUCAAACAUUUGGCAUGAAGAAAUUUCAAAUGGAGACAGUAAAGCUCUAAGUAGCUGGUUCUUGUCAAGCACUUUGAUCUAAUCUUGAGAUGCUACAAAUAACACAAAGUGCUUGCAUAGGGUGCUUUUGACCGAGCACUUGAUGUAAUUUUGUAACACAUAUACCUGAAGUACCCGUGUAACUGGUUUUUUUCAUCAGACAAUCUACUCGUGUGGUGUUACAGUGAGAAAAAUGUCUGUUGCUGAGUGUAGACUGCAUUCCCCAGUGUACUCUCUCUGUCUCCCACCUAUCCCUGGAAAUCUGAAUUCAAACUGAACAAGAUGAUCAUGUCUUUCUAAUUGCCUUCCUUCCCCCCACCCCCAUCCCAUCCAUCUCUGUUGGGAUGAGAUGAGAUGUAUAUUCCACCGUGACUCAAUAGCAGAGAUUACCCAAUAAAAACUGACAGUAUAACAUUUCAAACAAAAUUAAAAAUCACGAUUAUACAGAUUAUAACAACUUAAGUCUUGCUGGGCAGGUUUUCUGUCAUUGAUUUCAAAAAAAAAGUUGAUGAGGCGUUUUAACAUGGGAUUUUGUUUCUUCUUUGUUUUUUUUUCUAACCCCCCACCCACCCACCCACCCACCCACCUUUUAAUUUUGUUAGUAAAAUUUGCUUUCCCUAUCCACCCACCUGGAAAGAAUUAAAAUUACUCCUAUAUUUUGAUUACUGAGUAAGUUAUAAGAGUUGAUAGCUCACUCAAGUAUUGUUUAUAGUAAAACAGUUUUUUUUUCAACAUUUAGUAUAAAAAAAAAAACAGCAUUGACAGUAAAGAAAUUUCGUUUCCUAGUGAUAGAUUUUCAUAAUUAUAAUUUUAUAAUCCACAAAAGAAUAUUGUUUACAAUUGGCAAUUUGUGUAUUCUUUAACCUAAUGCCUACACUUCAUUUUCUUUCUAUUUCAUAUUUUUAAAUUCCACUGACAAAAAUAAAAAAUGAAAUAUAUUGCUUUCAAGCAACUUUUUUCUAACAAUAUUCUUUCCGAUAAUUCAACUUCGUUUUCUCAAGGGAAGAAUAAAUUAUGAUUUCCCCUCUCAAUAAUUGUCUUUUUUUUUUUUCCCCCUAAUAAAACUUAUAAUUGAUAUUUUUUAACACAUUUGCAAUAUUCUUUGUAAAAUAUUAAAAUCCAAUACUUCAACGUAGAUACCACUUUGUCAUAAAGUAUUUUAUAUACAAAAUUGAGGAGUUAUCUAUAAAAUACAUUGUAAAAUAAUAAAUAUAAUAAUAAUAAUACAAGGCUUAUUUUUCAAUUUCUUCAGAACUUUAAAUUUUAGAGUUGAUUAGUCAAUAUUUUUUUUCUUUCUUGUAUUCAAAUUUCAAAAUUCUUCUCCAAUUUCAUAAUUCCCUUUUCAUCCCUCAGACUUCUAAUUUAUAAAAUGCAGUUCUCUAUUUACACUUUGGUUUCCAGUAAACAUAGAACAUUUAAUGAAAUGUUGUUUACAGAGCAUGUCUAAUUAAUUUGAAAAUGAAAUUCCUCUCCAACUUUGGGUAGCAAGACUUGGGUUCUAUUCAGAAGUGAUUUUUUAUGUACAAAAAUUGAUCAAAAUGAUUCUAAACUGUAAAUAACUUACUUGGAAAAAAAAAUCAUGUGGUAAAGCAGAUUUACUCAACUUU